CCCUGUGGAAGAGGCCUUCGCCGGUUUCUACUCUCUCCGCCUCCGUUUCCUGUUCCUCAAUGUGUCCACAGCCUAAUCUUCACGCUCUCGACGUCUUCCUCGGCUUCGAAAACCACAUAUUUUCUCUUUCCCAGGCUCAUCUCCUCCUAGUCCGCUGCCAAUCUUCUCACCAACGCCCGUUGCAUACCCGAAAGCUGGAGCAAGAACAUACCUCUAGUUCGGGACCUCCUCCAAUCUGUGCCUGCCCUCCCUGGCUGGCUCUGCAAAGACGCGAUUUUUUUUCUACAAAAUAAAGGAAACGACAGUUGUUGAUGAGAAGAUUGCUGCAUUGGCCUAACAUGAAGAUUUCAAGCCAAGUAAGCUUCCAUGUCAAUUCAACCAUUUCAUAACUUGAGCUCAAAUCAAUGUACAGUCCUGAAUCCCAACUAAGGUAAGUAACAAUCAAUUUCUCAAUCAUAGGGUGCUUUGCCUGUCUGGGACACAUAAUUUUAUCUUUCACAUAGGUGGGGAAGACUAUAAUUCUCUUGUCAUAAUUAAUGAAGAAAUUACUUCUGAUUUUUCAUGCUUUUUAAGAUCCAGAACAAAGCAGUGGAUAGCAGAGGAUGUUGCAGAGUACAUCACAAUAAAUAAGUCACAGGGCACAUGGGUUCAACCAGGGUGAGCUCUCGGGCAUCUCGGGUCAAAGAAAUGUGGUCCCCGAUGCGCCUGUUCACAAGCAACGCGAGAAGUACCCCCCUCGGAUCCGACGACGCAGCGCGACCCACCCCUCGAGAUCCGCUGCAUCGACGGUCAGAUCUCUACCGUCUCUCCUUCCUCCCGCCUUUGAUCUCCGUCUCCCCCAUCUAUAUAUCGAUAGCUCUCUCUCAAGUCCAUCGCUGAGAUCACACAGCUCUCCCCAUUCCACUUGGGUCUCCCCCCUCCCUCUCCCUCUCUCUUUCUUUCUCUCUGCUCGAAGACUGACUUCGAGGUUUUAAGUUCUUCUUUCUCCUCCCUGGGCUCGGAUGCCGGAUGCAAGUGCUCUUCGUCGGAUCACAUCUCUUUCUCCAAGAAGAAUGACACUCAGAAAGCGGCGGUUUUGCUUCCAUGAUUAGUUUUGCAACUUUUUUCCACUUAAAAUAAUUAAAUGGCAACCGAUGUUGAUCAAGCUUAUCAAGGAUGGUCACAGGGGGAAUUGUCUGAUGGAGAUACAUCUCAAGAAAUCCCAGUUUCUCAAAUGCUUGAUCAUGGUUCCAUUUCUUUUGGAAGAUUUCCAAUUGAGUCAUUGUCAUGGGAGAGGCGGUCAGUUUUUACUCACAAUAGAUGUCAAGAGGAACUGGAGAAGUUCAAUGGUCUAGUUGCCAAGAAGAAGGCAUAUUUUGAGGAGCGCUAUAGAAGAAUUCGAGCUAUGAAAGCUAAACAGAAUCAACAUACGGAGCUCACAUUGGAUUAUGGUGGUGAUGGUAGUAUGUCUAGCCAAAGCGGUGAAGAAGAUGGAGCAGCUUCACAGCAUGAAAGAUUCAGAGAUGGGGCAUCAAACAAUGUUCAUUCUAUCCCAGAAGAGACUAAACCUGGAGUAACCCUUGUGCAGGAAAUUAACUGCAAUGAACCUCCUCAAGAAAGGUGCUUUAAUCCAGACUCCACAUUGCCAAAUCCUGAUUCUUCAAGAGGAAUUCCAGAGAACACUGAGCAAGAUAAAAACACUUUAGUCACUACUAUGCUGGUACAACCAAUGGAAGCAGAGUCCUCAUUGCCCCUUACAGGAGAUUUGAAGGAGACUAAAUCAAAUUCUAGCAGCAAACUUGACAAUAAAGAGAUCUUGCUGAACCCUAAGAGCCUUGAAUCAAACAUUGAGCCUAGAAGAGUUGCACCGGAUACUAAGAAAAUUAAGUCUGAACAAUUGCAGUCAAUUAGAAAACCUUUGCACCAUAAAUCACUUUCUAAGGAUCCUGCCGCAGUUAGAAAUGGUUUAAAUAUGAAACAAGAAACUAAGUCGAAUGGGGUUCACUCAUCAAAGGGACUAAAAACUCCAUCACAAAAGAUGGCCAGUCAGACUUUGAGCAAGACCAUAGCUAGUAGAGUCAAAAGCAAUGCUAUGUCCACCUUGGUUGAUCUAAAUCAACCGCUUACAAAAGCACGCUCUAUUAGCACCACAUUGGGUCCAUUUACUCUUGUAAUGGAAAGAAGAACAAGAAAUAGAGGAAAUUCAACAAAGCUGGACUCUGGAAGCUCAAACAUGCUAGCAUCAUCACAAAUUCAAGCAAAGGGCGGAUCAAGUGUGCAGGACAUGAAGAAAACAGCUUCAUCUAGUGGAAUGACAAGUAGAAGAGGACCUGAAACUAAAAGGUUGAUUAAAAAAAGGAUAUUGUUGACAUCUUUCAAAAACUUAAAAGAAGUAAAGAAGAAGCCUUUAGCAGUGGACAGCCACUAUGCAAACUUAAAGAUAAUUGAGGCACAUGUUCUUGGGCCACCCAAGUCCAGGUCUAGUGAGCUUCCUGCUAGGAACAAGUCCAUAUGUAAUGUUGGAACUGAGCCCCAUAUUGCAACUGCCGAAGGAAUGAAACGAAAAGAGGGAAAUGCUAGAAUGAGGGAGUUCCAAAGAGGUACUAUAAAGACAACUGGCCCUUCUAAGUCUGGGAAUAUGCCGAUGGAUACUAAGCAGGCACUUGCAGGCCGAGGAGCUGAUGUAUCUCGUGGCGGGAGCAAAUCAAAGCUUGAUGAUCCAUCACUGGAUGGGAGGAAGACAAGCAGGAGAGAGACACCGCACUGGCGAUGAGUCCUCGCAACUUGAACGCGUAUACUGGCACCUUGCUUGCUUCCGCUGCUUUCCUUCACUUGCCGCUCGCGGUACGGAUCUCGUCACCUCUGCUGUCUCUUGUGAGUGUGAUUUGGAUCUAUCAGUAUGUACCAUAUACAUCGUUUGGUCAUUGUAAAUUUGCCUAAUCCGAACCUCUCACCCUUGUCGAUUUCUGUAUCUAGAUAUUCGCAAAGCCAUAUGUUUCGUGAGAUCACAUAUAUGGUGAAAUAUACUUCUCGUGCUGGUUAA